AAACUCCCCGGAUAUGACUACCCCCCUUUGACUCCAUUCAUGAAGAAGUCGAUCAGCUGUCUGUAGCUCACCGGAGAUCAAAUUUAUCAAAAAUAAAACACUCAAAGAAGGUCAUCAUAACAUAUUAUGGCCUCCAACAAUAUGGCAGACCCGAGGAGACAAAAUAAGAUUUUAAGGUACAAACCCCCCAGCACAGAGACCAAUCCCACACUGGAGGACCCCACGCCGGACUACAUGAACCUGCUCGGCAUGAUCUUCAGCAUGUGUGGACUGAUGCUCAAGCUGAAGUGGUGUGCCUGGAUCGCAGUCUACUGCUCUUUCAUCAGCUUUGCAAACUCCAGAAGCUCAGAGGACACCAAACAGAUGAUGAGCAGCUUCAUGCUGUCCAUCUCAGCAGUGGUGAUGUCCUACCUCCAGAACCCACAGCCAAUGUCACCGCCAUGGUAACCAAGGGCCAAUCACAGAGGAGCACGGAGGUGAAUUGCGGAUGCUGAAGUGGUGACAAAACAGCUGAUUGGCCCCCCAGGCCAUCAUUGAGGAAAAACAGAGACAGAAAGGAAGAUAAUAUGAUGGAGAGAAAAGGAGAGAGGAAACGGAUGGACAGUGAAGAGGACAUUACGUCAAGAUAGAGAGAUCAAACGGCCUUUAACUGCGUUCUCAUGUUUUGUCUCUUUUUAAUCUUUUCUAAUUGUAUUUGUUGAUGAAAACUUCAAAUUUUACUGUUUGGCUGAUCUGUUGCAGGAUGUCAUCAAUAAAGCUGUACAAUUUUGAAAAGGAA